AUGCAAAAAAUACAAAUCAAGUUCUGUAUUUUCGAAUUGAGAGAGAUAAUGAGAGAGAUAAAGAAUUCUCACUAUUUCUUAGAUUCGUGGACCCAAUUCAAUUCAGUGGGAUCCUUUAUUCACAUUUUUUUCCACCAAGAACGUUUUCUAAAACUCUUUGACCCACGAAUUUUUAGUAUUCUACUUUCACGCAAUUUCCAGGGUUCAACAAGCAAUCGAUCUUUCACGAUCAGGGGAGUAAUACUCUUUGUAGUAGCGGUACUUAUAUAUCGUAUUAACAAUCGAAAUAUGGUCGAAAGAAAAAACCUAUAUUUGACAGGGUUUCUUCCUAUACCUAUGAAUUCCACUGGACCCAGAAAUGAUCGAUUGGAAGAAGCUGUUGGGUCUUCCAAUAUCAAUAGGUUGAUUGUUUCGCUCCUGUAUCUUCCAAAAGGAAAAAAGAUCUCUGAGAGUUCUUUCCUGAAUCGGAAAGAGAGUACUGGGGUUCUCUCAAUAACAAAGAGGAAUUCUAGUUGUAAGAUAUCUAAUGAAACCGUCGCCGAAAUUGAGAUCUUAUUCAAAGAGAAAGAUAGCAAAUCUCUGGAGUUUCUUUUUGUAUAUUAUAUGGAUGAUGAUUCGACCCACAAGGACCAUGAUUGGAAAUUGGCUGAUCCUAUUUUAUUGGAAAGAUUAGCGAAAGACUGGAUUUCUUAUCUUAUGUCUGCUUUUCGUGAAAAAAGACCAAUUGAAGCGGGGAUUUUCUUCAAACAACAUGAGCAUGUUUCCCAUCUCUUCUCGAGAAACAAGGGGGCUAUCUCGUUGCAAAAUUGUACUCAAUUUCAUAUGUGGAAAUUCCGCCAAGAUCUCUUCCUUUUAUUCCCUAGUUGGGGGAAUAAUCCGCCCGAAUCGUAUUUUUGGUUAGGCAAUGUGUGGUUGGGAAAGAAGGAUCGGUUUUUUAGCAAGGUACGGAAUGUAUGGUCAAAUAUUCAAUAUGAUUCCACAAGGUCUAGUUUCGUUCAAGUAACGGAUUCUAGCCAACUGAAAGGAUCCUCUGAUCAAUCCAGAGAUCAUUUGGAUUCCAAUCAUUUGGAUUCCAUUAGUAAUGAGGAUUCGGAAUAUCGCACAUUGAUCAAUCAAAGAGAGAUUCAACAACUAGAAGAAAGAUCGAUUCCCUGGGAUCCUUCCUUUCUUCAAACGGAACGAAAAGAGAUAGAAUCAGACCGAUUCCCGAAAAACCUUUCUGGAUAUUCCUCAAUGUCCCAGCUAUUCACGGAACGCGAGAAACCGAUGAUUAAUCAUCUGUUUCCGGAAGAAAUGGAAGAAUUUCUUGGGAAUGCUACAAGAUCCGUUCGUUCUUUUUUCUCUGAUAGAUGGUCAGAACUUCAUCUGGGUUCGAAUCCUACUGAGAGGUCCACUAGAGAGCAGAAAUUGUUGAAGAAACAUCUUUCUUUUGUCCGGCGAUCAGAAAAUAAAGAAAUGAUUCAUUUAUUCAAAAUCAUUACGUAUUUACAAAAUACUAUCUCAAUUCAUUCUAUUUCAUUAGAUCCGGGAUGUGAUAUGGUUCCGAAGGAUGACCCGGAUCUGGACAGUUCCAAUAAGAUUUCAUUCUUUAACAAAAAUCCAUUUUUUGAUUUCUUUCACCGAUUCCAUGAACGGAACAGGGGAGGAUACGCGUUACACCAUGAUUUUGAAUCAGAAGAGAGAUUGCAAGAAAUGGCAGAUCUAUUUACUCUAUCAAUAACCGAGCCGGAUCUGGUGUAUCAUAAGGGAUUUUCUUUUUCUAUUGAUUCGUACGGAUUGGAUCAAAAAAAAUUCUUGAAUGAGGUAUUCAACACCAGGGCUGAAUCGAAAAAGAAAUCUUUAUUGGUUCUGUCUCCUGUUCUUUUUCGUUAUGAGGAGAAUGAAUAUUUUUUUCGAAGGAUCAGACAAAAACGGGUCUGGAUCUCCUGCGGGAAUGGUUUGGGAGAUCUAAAGCAAAAAAUGGUGGUAUUUGCUAGCAAUAACAUAAUGGAAGCAGUCAAUCAAUAUAGAUUGAUCCGAAAUCUGAUUCAAAUCCAAUAUAAUAGGUACAUAAGAAGUGUAUUGAAUCGAUUCUUUUUAAUGAAUAGAUCCGAUCGCAACUUCGAAUAUGGAAUUCAAAGGGAUCAAAAAGGAAAGGAUACUCUCAGUCAUAGAACUCUAAUGAAAUAUAUGAUCAAACAAGAUUAUGCAUAUAUAUACAAAUGGUCCAAUGGGAGCAAGAAUUGCCAGGAACAUUUGGAACAUUUCCUUUCUGAGCAGAAAAGCUGUUUUCAAGUGCAUUUUCAAGUGCAAAAGAGCCGUUUUCAAGUAAUGUUUGAUCAAUUACGUAUUUAUACACGUAUUCGUAUUAAUCAAUUUUUGAUGAAUUAUUCUGAGGUUUGCAAGAAAUUCGAAAAAGAUGUGUAUAAGUUGCUUACUUUCUUUUUGCCCAAGUGGUCCAGGUCACUUCGUUUCUUUUUCCUUUUCUCCCAGUCACUUCGUUUUUUGGGCAAGUCACUUCGUUUUUUGGCCAAGUUGCUUUUCUUUUUGUCUAAUUCACUUUCUUUUCCUUUUUCCUGUGUAAGUUUUGGGAAUACCCCCAUUCAUAGGUCCGAAAUCAACAUCUAUGAAUUGAAAGGUCCGAAUGAUAAACUCUGCAAUCAGUUGUUAGAAUCGAUAGGUUUUCAAAUUGUUCAUUUGAAAAAAUUGAACCCCUUCUUACUGGCUGAUGAUGGUACUUCGAAAUUCUUGAUCAAUGGAGGAACAAUAUCACCAUUUUUGUUCAAUAAGAUACCAAAGCGGAUGAUUGACUCAUUCCAUACUAGAACUAAUCGCAGGAAAUCCUUUGAUAACAAAGAUUCCUAUUUCUCAAUGAUAUUCUACGAUCAAGACAAUUGGCUGAAUCCCGGGAAACCAUUUCACAGAAGUUCAUUGAUAUCCUCUUUUUAUAAAGCAAAUCGACUUCGAUUCUUGAAUAAUCCGCAUCACUUCUGCUUCUAUUGUAACAAAAGAUUCCCUUUUUCUGUGGAAAAGGCUCGUAAUAAUAAUUCAUAUUUUCUAUAUGGGCAAUUUCUCAAUAUCUUGUUCCUUCGCAAGAAAAGAUUUUCUUUGUGCGUUGGUAAAAAAAAACAUGUUUUUGGGGGGAGAACUACUAUUUCACCAAUCGAGUCACAAGUAUCUAACAUAUUCAUACCUAACGAUUUUCCACAAAGUGGUGACGAAAGGUAUAACUUGGACAAAUCUUUUCAUUUUCUAAGUCGACCCGAUCCAUUCGUUCGUAGAGCUAUUUAUUCGAUCGUAGACACUUCUGGAAACCCUCUAACAGAGGGACAAAUUGUCAAUUUUGAAAGAACUUAUUGUCAACCUCUUUCAGAUAUGAAUCUAUCUGAUUCAGAAGGAAAGAACCUUCAUGAGUGUCCCAAUUUCAAUUCAAAUAUAGGUUUGAUUCACAUUCCAUGUUCUGAGAAAGAUUUCCCAUCCGAAAAAAGGAAAAAACAGAGUCUUUGUCUAAAGAAAUGCGUUGGGGUUCAGAAAGGGCGGAUGUAUACAACCUUUCAACGAGAUAGUGCUUUUUCAAUUCUCUCAAAAAAAUGGAAUCUAUUCCAAACAUAUAUGCCAAGCUUCUUUACUUCGACAGGGUACAAAUAUCUAAAUUCGAUAUUUUUAGAUACUUUUUCAGACCUAUUGUCAAUACUAAGUAGCAGUGUAUCCAUUUUUCAUGAUAUUAUGGGUAUAUCGUGGCGAAUUCUUCAGACAAAAUUGUGGAAGAUGCAAUUUUUUCUCAGAAGUGAGAUCUCGAGUAAAUGGUUACAUAAUCUUCUGUCCAAAGAAAUGAUUCAUCGAAAUAAAAAGAAUAAGUCGUCGUUGAUAUCGACACAUCUGAGAUCACCAAAUGUUUGGGAAUUCCUCUAUUCAAUCCUUUUCCUUGUUCUUGUUGCUGGAUAUCUCGUUCUUAUACAUCUUUUCUUUGUUUCCCAGACCUUUAGUGAGUUACAGACAGAGUUCGAAAAGGUCAAAUCUUUGAUGAUUCCCUCAUCAAUGAUUGAGAUUGAGUUGCGAAAACUUCUAGAUAAGUAUCCUACGUCUGAACCGAAUUCUUUCUGGUUAAAGAAUCUCUUUCUAUUUCCCAUCAAUCGAAUCGCUUUUUCUAUAAAUACGAGACAUCUAAGUCAUACAAGUAAAGAGAUCUAUUCAUUGAUAAGAAAAAGAAAAAACGUGAACGGGGAUUGGAUUGAUGAUAAAAUAGAAUCCUGGGUCGCGAACAGUGAUUCGAUUCAUGAGGAAGAAAGAAAAUUCUUGGUUCAGCUCUCCGCCUUAACGACAGAAAAAAGAAUUCUAUUGAGUCUGACUCAUAGUGAUCAUUUAUCAAAGAAUGACUCUGGUUAUCAAAUGAUUGAACAACCGGGAGCAAUUUACUUACGAUACUUGGUUGACAUUCAUCAAAAGCAUCUAAUGAAUUAUGAGUUCAAUAUAUCCUGUUUAGCAGAAAGACGGAUAUUCCUUGCUCAUUAUCAGACAAUCACUUAUUCACAAACUUCGUCUGGGGCUAAUAGUUUUCAUUUCCCAUCUCAUGGAAAACCUUUUUCGCUCCGCUUAGCCUUAUCCCCCUCUAGGGGUAUUUUAGUGAUAGGUUCUAUAGGAACUGGACGAUCCUAUUUGGUCAAAUACCUAGCGACAAACUCCUAUGUUCCUUUCAUUACGGUAUUUCUUAACAAGUUACUGGAUAAGAAGCCUAAAUUUAUUGCUGAUAUCGAUAUUGAUGAUAGUGACAAUAUUGAUGCUAGUGACGAUAUCGAUAUUGAUGAUAGUGACAAUAUUGAUGCUAGUGACGAUAUCGAUCGUGACCUUGAUACGGAGCUGGAACUGCUAACUUGGAUGAAUGCGCUAACUAUGGAUAAGGAGAUGAUGGCGGAAAUAAACCGAUUGUCUAUCACCCUUCAAUUCGAAUUAGCAAGAGCAAUGUCUCCUUGCAUAAUAUGGAUCCCAAACAUUCAUGAUCUGGAUGUGAAUGAGUCGAAUUACUUAUCCCUCGGUCUAUUAGUGAACCAUCUCUCCAGGGAUUGUGAAAGAUGUUCUACUAGAAAUAUUCUUGUUAUUGCUUCGACUCAUAUUCCCCAAAAAGUGGAUCCCGCUCUCAUAGCUCCGAACAAAUUCAAUACGUGCAUUAAGUUACGAAGGCUUCUUAUUCCACAACAACGAAAGUACUUUUUCACUCUUUCAUAUACUAGGGGAUUUCACUUGGAAAAGAAAAUGUUCCAUACUAACGGAUUCGGGUCCAUAACCAUGGGGCCCAAUGCACGAGAUCUUGUAGCACUUACCAAUGAGGUCCUAUCGAUUAGUAUUACACAGAAGAAAUCAAUUAUAGACACUAAUACAAUUAGAUCCGCUCUUCAUAGACAAACUUGGGAUUUGCGAUCCCAGGUAAGAUCGGUUCAGGAUCAUGGGAUCCUUUUCUAUCAGAUAGGAAGGGCUGUAGCACAAAAUGUACUUCUAAGUAAUUGUCCCAUAGAUCCUAUAUCUAUCUAUCUGAAGAAGAAAUUAUGUAACGAAGGGGAUUCUUAUUUGUACAAAUGGUACUUCGAACUUGGAACGAGCAUGAAGAAAUUCACGAUACUUCUUUAUCUUUUGAGUUGUUCUGCCGGAUCGGUCGCUCAAGAUCUUUGGUCUUUACCCGGACCCGAUGAAAAAAAUGGGAUCACUUCCUAUGGACUCGUUGAGAAUGAUUCUGAUCUAGUUCAUGGCCUAUUAGAAGUAGAAGGCGCUCUGGUGGGAUCUUCGCGGACAGAAAAAAAUUGCAGUCAGUUUGAUAAUGAUCGAGUGACAUUGCUUCUUCGGCCCGAACCGAGGAAUCCCUUAGAUAUGAUGCAAAACGGAUCUUGUUCUAUCCUUGAUCAGAUAUUUCUCUAUGAAAAAUACGAAUCGGAGUUUGAAGAAGGCGCCCUUGACCCUAACCUUGACCCGCAACAGAUAGAGGAGGAUUUAUUCAAUCACAUAGUUUGGGCUCCUAGAAUAUGGCGCCCUUGGGGCUUUCUUUGUAUCGAAAGGCCCAAUGAAUUGGGAUUUUCCUAUUGGUCCAGGUCAUUUCGGGGCAAGCGGAUCUUUUAUGAUAAAGAGGAUGAGCUUCAAGAGAAUGAUUCGGAGUUCUUGCAGAGUGGAACCAUGCAGUACAAGACACGAGAUAGAUCUUCCAAAGAACAAGGCUUUUUUCGAAUAAGCCAAUUCAUUUGGGACCCCGCAGAUCCACUCUUUUUCCUAUUCAAAGAUCGGUCCCCUGGCUCUGUGUUUUCACGUCGAGAAUUAUUUGCAGAUGAAGAGAUGUCAAAGGGGCUUCUUACUGCCCAAACUUACCAAACUGAUGAGCCUUCUACAUCUAGAUCUAAAUCUACACGCUGGUUUAUCAAGAAUACGCAAGAAAAGCACUUCGAAUUGUUGAUUAAUCGUCAGAGAUGGCUUAGAACCAAUAGUUCAUUAUCUAAUGGAUCUUUCCGUUCUAAUACUCUAUCCGAGAGUUAUCAGUAUUUAUCAAAUCUGUUCCUAUCUAACGGAACACUAUUUGAUCAAAUGACAAAGACUUUGUUGAGAAAAAGAUGGCUUUUCCCGGAUGAAAUGAAAAUUGGAUUCAUGUAA